AUGCUGCCGCCAGGAAUUCCGUCGUCCGAGCUCCGCCUCAUUUCCAAGGGCAAAACGGCAUCAAGAGAUGAGCCACUGAGCGAUCAACAGAGCUGCAAAGAUAUGUCUGUGAUGCUGCUCUUCAGGGAGGGCUUUCAUGUUGCCGCUGAGGGGGCGCGUUGGAUGGCUGAAAAGGGUGAGGAGCUGGCGCAGGCAGAGGCAAGGUUGAUGUCUCUGUCCAAGCGGGUCGAAGCAAACUUUUCCGAUGCAGAGACAUCACUGCAGCUAACAGAGGUGGCUGGCUUCAUCGACACGCUGUUGCAAAGUGUCGAUAGUGUGCGAGUGAAUUCCAUGAAGCUGCCCCAGAUGGAAGAGCUCCGAAAUCGUGCGAUGAAAGCGGACGAACGUUUGAAGGAGCUCCGAAAGACUGUUCGAUUCUGA